AUGUUAACGAAGAUCGUGUCGGUAUGCUUACGACGUUUCGUGAUCAGCGAAGAACUGGACGUGGAUGGAUCGGGUGAAGAUGAAAUCGAAUUUGCUGAGUACAGAAAAGAACUGCGUGGAAUCCUUAAUACGAUCGGAAACAUGCGCUGCGACCUCAUAGUAGCACCGCUAGAAGUUCUAGUUGAGGAAGUGGCGGCCAGUGGCGGUGGUACAGCAAUGCCAAUUGCACGAUUAGAAGCGAUUGUUCAGUUGGUACAUGGCUUGGUGGAGAUUAUUCCAGCAAAUUUCGUCAAUAUGAAGGAAGGAUGGAUGGGUCGCGGUGCGCUGUUACCAGUCAAUUUGCUGAACUCUAUGCAACUGGACGGUCGCUCAGCUACUGUCCAUGUCUUGUACUUCGAGAUCGCCUGUCGGUACGAACGCCUGCUUAUGGCUCCCCCCCCACAGGCUCCGCAACUUGUGAUACCACAAGUUGCAGCAGCGUUCCUAGACGAAAGGGGGAUAGCAUUUCGAGUCGCCCGUGUUCGAACUCGCAUUGUCUACCUUUUCUGUCGAUUUGUUAAAGCUCACAAGACGGUGCUUAGUCCUCUAGUUUCUGAGUCUCUUUACAUCGGCGAACUAGCGAACAAGCUUGGAGAGCGUUUUCUUGCUGCCAUCACGGAGCUGCAGGCAGCUCGAGCUGCAGGAGACGCAGCGAAAGUCCAAAUGAUCCAGCAGUUCAUGACCAACAUAGUUGGUUACUGUAGUCGUCUCUCGAAGGCAUUCAAUAACGCGAACUCGAUGCAAUCGUGCAGAUGCGUCGACGUUUACAUGCGCCUUCUCAAUUUGUUCCUUGGUCAUCUUAACGCUGAGAAUGCAUUCCUGCUAGAGUCCGUCAGACAGUUGGCACAUCGGCUGGUGGUAUGCCUUGAUUCCGAACUUCUUCCGAUACUGCCUCCACUGAUGUCCGCUUUAGCAGCGGUUUCAACUGACUUGGAUAGCAUGAAUCACUUACUCAUCCUCAGCCACCAAAUUGUCGCCAAGUUCAAGAAAGAAUGCCUACGAUCGGGUGUCGAUUUCGGUGCAAUUCUCGCUUCAGCAGCUCGCCUAUCAAUGGAAACUGAGCCAACAUCUGCACUACGAGCUCAAGAUGAGACUGCGUACCGAAACUUAAUCUAUGUACGGCGUGCCUUCCUUCAAUUGUUCUACACAUCAACAACCUCGGAUAUGUUGGCUGAAAUUGCAACAGGCACACUUUUCGAUGACCUCCAAGAAGCAGCUACUCAAUUGGCGCUUAGCAGCGAUCAAUCCUGCCAGAAACUAGCGUUGGCUACCCUUAGUCGAACUUCGGCUGGAAAUGCUCAAUGGUGGCAAAGAACGCUGCGUACGGCGCUGGAAGUACCUUCGCUGUCGCAUAUUAGCUCAUCCGAUGCAGGAAGUACUGUGGUUGUACAUGAAGUUGCCUCGACGCUGCAAACCCUUCGUCAAGCCCACCCGGAAGAAUUUUCGGUCGCCGUGCGUUCACUGAAUGCCUGGUGA